UGCAGAUCUGGAGAUGUGGCGUUAUCAAUCUGAAGAGAAUCCAGCCACUGAAGUAAGCCUUGUUUUCGCAUUUCCUCUGGGGGGAAAAAAAAUUGAGGUCACAUUUAGACAUUUUAUUUAUUUGUGUGUAUGUGUAUGAUACUGGAGAUUGAACCCAGGGGCACUCUACCACUGAGCUACAUCCCUGCCCUUUUUAUUUUGAGAGAGUGUGUCAUCACAUUGCCAAGGCCAGCCUCUAACUUGCAAUCCUCUUGCCUCAGCCUCCGAGUAGCUGGGAUUACAGGCAUAUGCCACUAUUCCCAGCCUACAUUUAGACAUAUAAAAAAUUAACAGAGUAGUCUGCCGUCAAACUCUCUUCUAGCCAAGAUGUCUAUUGGUGUGCCAAUUAAAGUCCUGCACAAGGCCGAGGAUCACAUUGUGACAUGUGAGACUAACACGGGUGAGGUAUAUCGAGGGAAGCUCUUUGAAGCAGAGGACAAUAUGAACUGCCAGAUGUCCAACAUCACAGUCACAUACAGAGAUGGCAGAGUAGCACAACUGGAACAAGUAUACAUCCGUGGCAGCAAGAUCCGCUUUCUGAUUUUGCCUGACAUGCUGAAAAAUGCACCAGUGUUAAAUAGCAUGAAAAAUAAAAACCAAGGUUCAGGGGCUGACCAAGGAAAAGCUGCUAUUCUGAAGGCCCAUGUGGCUGCAAGAGGAAGAGGACGCGGAAUGGGACGUGGAAACAUCUUUCAAGAACGAAGAUAAUUUUCUCUGUUGAACAGAACUUUUCCCUUUUUUCCUUUUAGAUUAUCUGAAUACAUGGGGGUAGGUGCCUGUGUGUAUGUCCUAGGUUUU